AUGGCGCUCGCUUCCGUGAACGUGAGCGUCGCCGUCCUCACCUGGCAGUCGCUCGCACGCUCCACAUCCGCCGAGACUUGCUAUCUCGACUGGGCCAAUGGCACGUGCUGGUUGCCAGAGGCAGCGCAGGCGAUCGUUGCGGUCGCCCUAACGGCCGUCACGGACUUCAACUCGCGUAAAGCUACUGCGCUGCCCGUGCUUGGGUCGUUGGAGGGAUGCGACAAGCAGCUUCAAUUCCAGCUGCUCGACAGUGGUGGCGCAGCUGCCAAGUCGCUGCAAUCGUUGGGAGACCUGUCUGGCACAGACGUCGUCAUCGGUCCUCUUUGGGACAGUGCCUCUACCACCACUGCGGUUGUCACCGGUCGUCUUGACAUCCCGCAGAUCUCGUAUGGGUCAAGUUCAGCUGACCUGUCCGACACCUUUCUGUAUCCUCGCUUCAUGAGGAUCAUCCCCUCGGACCUGGCUCCUGCGUCGGGCCUUUGCUCCUUUUGGAAGCAUGAGCUUGGGCUCUCGACCGUGGCCGUGAUAUAUGAGCAGACCGCGUAUGGCCGCGCCUACGAAGAAGCAGCAAAGGCAGCGUGCCAGAGCCUCAAAUUGACGUUUUUCAGCAAGGAUAUCCCCGACUUCUAUGAUGACGCAUACAGCGAGGAAUCGAUCCGUUCUGCUGUCGCCAGCUUGAGCGCCACCGGCGCCAAGGCAGUGCUAGUCGUUACUUCGAUCUACGUUCGCUUCAUCGUAGCGUCUGCGCUGGAUACGGGCCUGCUCCGGCCUGGCACCUCCUGGGUCUUCAGUGACAGCGUUUCCACGGACGACUUUGACACAGAAUUGAACGAGACGGAAAAGGCAGCGGUGAACGGCAGCCUGCAGAUCAGCGCAUGGGUCGGUGCGACAAACAACCCGCAGUGGACCCACUUUGCCAACGAGCGCUGGGCGACGCUUCAGCCUGGAGACUUCAACCCGUUCCUGCCUGCCGACUGGCAGAUCCGCGACAACUUCUUCAGCACCGUCAAUCCAAGCGAGGUCGGUACCCUUGCUUACGAUGCCAUCAUAGCGGCAGGGCUGCUGUCCUGCAAGGUGGCCCCGACGGGCCCGCUGCCGGCGUCGUUUGGCACGCGGUUCUGGGAGUCCAAGCAGAACCUGUCGUUUAACGGCCUUUCCGGGCGCGUGGAGUUCGACGAGAAGGGCGACAGGAGCAACGCGAAUGUGCAGCUGUUCAACCUGCUCGACCAAGAUGGCUUCUCCGCGAAGUACGUAGCUCAACUUAGCAACGGCACGUGGACUUGGGACGGCGGAUCGCGCGAGAGCAGCGGCGUGAUCUACAACUUUGGGGAGGCGGAACCGCCGUUUGACGCGUCGCCACCGCCGCCGCUCCCACCGCCACUGCCGCCGUCGCCCCCGCCGCCGCCCCCGCCGCCGCCCCCGCCGCCGCCCCCGCCGCCCCCGCCGCCGCUGUCGCCGCUCGCAUCGACAUUGGCACCGAACGGUGAGGAGGGUCUUCUUUCCCGGAGUGUCAUAUCGGCCAUUUGCGCCGUUGGGGCGUGCGCCCUUUUGCUGCUGUGCUUGUACUUCGCACUUCGCCGCAAACGCCCAGUCAUCGUGGCGCCCAAGGAUGAACUCCAUCGCAUGGAGUCGGAGAUAACGGAGGUGUUCAGUCGCAUGUCGGGGCGCUUCAACGCCGAGGAGGUGACGUUGACCAACAUCCUCGACUCCUACGACCGCUUCGCCUCGGCGCCGCGCGAGCUCGUCUUCGGCCGGCCAGCGCAAGCGGCGCUAGGCGUCGAGGCGUACAUGUGCGUGCCAGAGAACAUCGUUCACCAGGGCCGGAUCGACGGGACCGCGGCCAUCGUGAACGAG